GUCACCCGUCAGGCUGUGGCCUCAGUUAUAUUUGUCUGGACGCCUGUUGGACUCAUUUGCAGGCACUUGAAUGCCAAAGAGUUUUGCUGUGUGGUUGGAAACAUUUGCAGGCAUUAAGGCACAGACAGACAUUUCCAAGGCUGCACAGAAGAAACUCACAGGGAGUCUUCCAGGGGCAAAGGACUAACAUAACCCUGAAGGAUUUUUGUCGCUGCUGUAGGCUUGUGAAAACUGCCAUCCUUUUGACCUGAUUGGAAGGUGCUCUGCAAGUGAAUUAGCUUCAGUUGUCACACGGGACGCGAUGAACACGCCGCCGAGGAAGAACUCAAGCACCUUGGUGCACUCUUUGGCCAAAGUGUUUGACUCCAAUGCCAUGCAGAACCAGGGGCCCCCGGUCAUCCCGGGAUCCUCCACCAGGUUGUCCGAGAGCACUCGGGGUACCUCCGGGGAUGCUCUCAGUCUGAUGGACACGAAACUCGAGUCGUUAAGCCAAACGGUCGAGAAACUCCUCGGCUUCCAGGAGAAGGUGGUCCAGAAGUUGGACGGCAUCACUCAAGACGUUGACAAAAUUGGACGGAAGGUGGAAAUGCUGACCGCCGGCAGAGAGGACGCAGGGCCAAGGGUCAGCGUCCCCCGUGAAGACGAGCAGAAAAGUGCAAGUGUUCCCGCCGACCUUUCUGAUCUGUUGUCCAAGUUGAACCAGAGCUCCAGGGAACAGACCAAGAAGAUAGACGGAAUCGAGAGUGUGCUGGUCGGAGUGCAGCAAGUCAUCAACUACCUCGGAGAGACCCUGAAAAAUUCCAGAAUCGCAGAGUUUAUUCUCAAAGGCCAAUUCGCAUCAAGGGGGAGAGGCGGUGAUCCGCAGCGAACCUUCAGAAAGGGAAUCGCCUCCCAAAAGUUGGCAUUAAGAAGGAAAAGAGAGAAGGUGAAAGAUCAGCAGUCUGGUGAUGUGAAAGGAAAGCAACAUUUAAAUAUUGAAGAAAUUAAAUCCCAACAGAAGAAAAAGCCUCCAGAUUCAACAGCAAUAUUUGAUCAGGAGGAUGGAGAUAUUUUCCGUGAUCAAAAGAUCGACAAGUUAAAUAAAGAAAAUGCGAACAACACAAGUCUCUUUGAGGAUCCGAACAAUAUCAGAAGCCAGGCAAAACACAAAAAUGUUGCAAAACUAAAAGGAAAGCCAUUUGAGAAAGACAUAGGUGUCUUUGAGCCUCAAUCUACCAGCUCGGCAGAAGGUACCUCCUCAGUUAUAGCUCCAGAGAUUACUGAAGCUAUUUUAGACAGUUAUGGUGGUAAUGAAAAUAAGGAAGACACAGCAGUAAAGGAACAAUGUGACAUUAAGCCUUGGAAGAGUUUUAGCCGUGCAGAAACCCAAACAGGGAUCAACAGACAAAAUGAUGAAAGGACAGAGAAGAACAAUGUUAUGUAUGACAAAAUUGUAGACAAUAGGUCCCUGGAAAAUGUGCGAACAAAGGAGGAUAAUGGAAAUAUUAAUAAAGAAUUAAUGAGUGAAUCAGAGUCAGAAGGAAGAAAGGAGAAUGUAAUAAAUGAAGAAAAUGAAGAAACAGAAAACGAGUGCAUAAAAGAUGAUGGAAGCAAUGAAGAGGUCAAGGGCACCAGUCUUGAAAACACAAACUCAGAGUUUACCAUUGCUGAGAGAUCCAAAGUGAAGGACAGAGUGUCACAGGUAGAUGAACUACCUGAGGAUCAGGAAAUUGUUUGUCAUGGCAGAAAUUGCACAGUCUUGCUAAACAGAUAUGAAGAUAGCGAAAGAGAAGCUGAAGCUUUAUUAGCAGCUGCAGCAGAAUCUGAGGAAGGAACAUCCCAGGAGACUGAGCCACAUGCAGUCAAAGAUCUGAGUCCCAUCAAUAAAAGAAGAGGGACUGGGGAAAGUUCACUGAAUGAUGACAACAAGAAAAGCAGAGUGGAGGAAAAAGGCUGCAGCCAGGAAGACACAACUGAACCAGCCUCAUGUCUGAGCAGUGCAACAUCCACUGCUAGCCAGAAGGAAAUUAACCAAGCAACCAAGGAGUGUCCACACAUUGUGAUUGAUGAUGGCCCUGCUCCACCUGCUCCAUUUGAACAUCGAAUUGUCUCAGCCAACAUGGCCCACGUCAGCAAUUACUAUACAAUCUACAAAUCUGAAGUCCUUGGAGGAGGACGGUUUGGACAAGUGCACAAAUGUGUAGAAAAGUCUACAGGUCUUACCUUAGCAGCCAAAAUAAUCAAAACCAGAGCAGCAAAGCAUAAGGAGGAGGUAAGGAAUGAGAUCCAAGUCAUGAAUCAGCUGAAUCACACAAACCUCAUCCAGCUGUACGAUGCUUUUGAGUCAAGGAAUGAUAUCACUCUGAUCAUGGAAUAUAUCGAUGGAGGGGAGCUAUUUGACAGGAUUAUAGACGAAAGCUACAAUUUAACAGAAAUGGACACAAUCCUGUUUGUAAAACAGAUCUGUGAAGGACUUCAAUAUAUGCACCAGAGGUACAUUCUUCAUCUGGAUCUAAAGCCUGAGAAUAUUUUGUGUGUCAAUCGGGAAGCCAGCCAAGUAAAGAUAAUCGACUUUGGAUUGGCCAGAAGAUAUAAACCAAGAGAGAAACUAAAAAUCAACUUUGGAACUCCAGAAUUCCUUGCUCCUGAGGUUGUGAAUUAUGACUUUGUUUCAUUCCCUACGGAUAUGUGGAGCCUUGGGGUGAUUACAUAUAUGCUGCUGAGUGGACUCUCUCCAUUUCUUGGGGAAGAUGACAAUGAGACCCUCAAUAACAUUCUUGUUUGUAAAUGGGACUUGGAUGAUGCAGAAUUUGAAAAUGUCUCUGAAGAUGCCAAAGAAUUCAUAUCAAAACUUCUUAUCAAAGAAAAGGGUGCAAGAAUAAGUGCCACCCAGUGCCUCAAACAGCCCUGGCUAAAUAACAUAGCAGAGAAAGCUAAACAAUGUAAGGUUCAUCUCAAGUCCCAGAUCCUUCUUCAGAAAUACAUGGUGCGACGGCUGUGGAAGAAGAACUAUUAUGUAGUAACUGCUGCAAACCGAUUGAAGAAACGCAGUUCUGGGACAUUGGCCUCCAUUGAAGUUUGAGCAUCUGGUGUUUGGAUCUAUGACCAAGUGCACUUUUCUCUGUAGGACAGUAGCACACAGGACUUGUAUCACCGUCUUGCCGAAAUGCCUUUGUUUACUCUUCUACUCUAACAUAAUCUGGUUCAGGUUUAGGAAUCUAUGUUUAGGCAACAAAAUCAUGUGUGAGUGUCAUUGGGAUUUAAUUAUCUUUCUAAGAAGGGAGUGGCGUUUUGAUGUGAUUGUAGUUAUCUUAAUCAUGUUCUUGUUAUUUAUAUAAGUUUUAUGGCCAGUGUUUUUGAAGCUAAGCUGCAUUUUUAUAUAUAAAGAUUAGUUAUCAUCAUUUUAAGGCAUCAAUAAAUUAAGCACAAGGAAUUCCUCAAAUUCAAAGGAUCCCUGUAUUAAGGUUUCCUCUCCUUCUGGGAGCUGGUGGUACUGUCACUAGACCAACAAGCCAGAGGACAUUGUUUUAUAUCCCGAACAGAGCAACUGGUGAAACGUGAAAAAAAAGCAGGGGCAGGUCAUUCAUCCCUUCAGAUCUACUACACCAUUCAAUAUGACCGUAAUUGAUCAUCCAACUCAGUAGCUAUAGAGGUUAAAUUCUAUGAAUAAAUCUGAAAUAUAAAGUGAGUCUAGACAAUAGUGACCAUUGUUGAAUAUAGUAAAAACUAAUGACCGAUAGGAGAGGAAAUCCAAUCUUUCUGGCUCAGCUUUCAUGUGACUCCAAACUCAGAACAAUAUCAACCUCCCUCUGCAAUGACCAAGCAAGCAACUCAGUUUCAAGGGCACAUGGGAUGGACAAUGGCCUUGCCAGUGAUGCUGUCAUCCCGUGAAAGAAUACAAGAUAAACAUCAGUCUGGAGAAGCUGUGAACUGGACGUUUCCUAAACCUUUUUUCCCCUUAAUCCUCUACAGAUCUGGAGAAACCUUAUUGUUAGAGAUACUUCUAAAAAGAUGUUUUCAAAGCCCCAGUUAGUUGAUGAAAUGGUAAUUAUGCACCUUGGAAUGAAGCCUCUGCCUGCAGUUGACAGCAAUAGGACUGAGCCACUGCCACCCUCUUGUGGCAUUUCCUAAUUUAUCCUUUUCUACCAUUUUACUGUCUCAGUAUAUUAAAAUUUUAUGGACUCUUGGUUUCAUUAGCAAGGAGUUGAAUAGAAUCUUUGUGAAUUUUUGAAGUAAGGCUGUUUAAUGUUUCAGUGUCGCUGUUUUGCCCCAGUUUUACUGAACGCUGCAUGAACAUAGGCACUCAAUUAGUCCACGUUUUUUUCUGAGAGAAAGACCACAUUAAAGAAGUUGAGCUCCCAACAGGUCCUGCCUGUCACUAUUGAUAUUUUGAACAAAAUUUCAAUCAAAAAAAGACAUAUUAAAGACUGGCUGCCCAGCAAAUGCAAUUCUGGGGAAAGACUCAUAUCAUUUUUUUAUAAAUCAGCCCUUGGAAGUCUCAUUGGCAGUAAGAGCUGAGUCUAAAUACAUGGAAAUCUGUUUUCCCUCCCACCCCAAUGCAAACGGGCAUUAACAAGAAAACUCUACUAUUGAGUCCAUUUACUGGAUAUCAGGAAGAUCAAGCUGUGUACACCACACACUUUUGACCUGUCUCUCUGUCCAAUUCUAAUCAAUGGGUGAAACAUUAUUUACUUUAUCUCUGCAAAAACAGCAGUUGUUCAAAUUAUACUGUUUUCAAUGAUGCCUUAAAGUAAUUUUGGUUUUUGUAAAAGACAUAGUUGUGAUACUCUGUCCUAACCUACAUAACUGCAAUUCCAUCAAAGCUGAUGUUGGAUCUGAUUUAUUUUCAUUCAUCAUUUAACAGUAGUUUUCUUUGUAGAGAGUAGUAAUUGCUAAGAUAGUAACCAUGCGGUCACUCCUCUUGUGAAAAUGGCAAAUAGAAGCAGGGAUUUCACCAAUGAGAGUUAUCUGAACUUAGUCAGUGAGUUUAGCUGGAUCACUGAGACAUUCACCUAAUAGCAAGUUACAGAGCAGCAUUCCACCAAAAUACGUGGGGAAUAGGUUAUCACUGGGGAACGCUAUCAAGCAUAGGGGAGUCCUCAAGGAAAACUAUAAGUGAAUGGAUGAGAAAACACAAUUAAUUUGAAGUACAUCAAGGUAGCAAAUCAUUCAAAAUACAAGAAAAAAAACUCAUGGUGUAAAACCUUAAGUAGAAGCUUGUGACCUCUACAAUUGUUCCAUUUAUCUGUAUUCAGUGCAAGUAACUUUUGGAUAACAUUAUUUUUAAUGUCUGGCUCUUUAAAUACUUCAGUUAGUUUAUUUUAAGCAUAUCAUAAAUCCAACUUAUGUCACUUACAGUCAUCUAGAAAGUUUAAAAUCCAGUCAUCCUCACAAUAUUUUGUUCCUCUCAAUUUGCAAAAGAAAUUACAGUUCCUGUAUCAUAUUUUUUUCUAAUUUAAAUCAAA